GCUCACGCGCUCACUCGCGCGCGUGCAAACAUGGCCGCCUCUGUAUCCCCGCUACGGUCCUACUGGGCGCUUUGUAGCAGGUUGGCAAACCCCCACCGCUCGUGCCGGGCCAAGCUUCGGACACACAGAAAAUGGGAGAAUCAGCGGAGACACCUGCACCAGUCUGCGACGAGGCAUGCUGCCGUUGUGAUUUCAGGGGCGGCGAUGGCUCGUCAGCUCCACAGAGAGAUCCAACGUGACGUGGAAGAGCUCGUCGCUCAGGGCAACAUGAGACCUCAUCUAGGAGUGGUCUUCGUGGGGGAUGACCCGGCCAGCAGGACUUACGUUAGGAACAAAACACGCGCUGCCAGCACUUUGGGUAUUUCCAGUGACACAGUGUUGCGGCCGAGCUCGGUUUCUCAGCAGGAAUUGCUGGAUCUAAUAGACAAGAUGAACCGAGAUUGGCGGGUCAGCGGACUGUUGGUGCAGCUGCCACUUCCUGAGCACAUCAACGAAAGAGCAGUGUGUAACGCCAUCGCUCCAGAAAAGGACGUGGAUGGCUUCCAUAUCGUGAAUAUCGGCAAGCUGUGUCUUGACCAGAGAUCCAUGGUGCCUGCCACACCUGCAGCUGUCUGGGAGAUCAUCAAAAGAGCAGGUAUCGAGACAGUGGGAAAGAAUGUGCUGGUUGCUGGACGCUCCAAAAAUGUCGGGAUGCCCAUCGCCAUGUUGCUGCAUACCGAUCGGAACCAUGAGCGCCCUGGCGGGGACGCCACAGUGACCAUCGCUCACAGAUGUACACCAAGGGAGCGGCUCAAGGAGCUAACCAGCCUGGCAGACAUCAUUGUGACCGCUGCAGGUGUUCCCGGUUUGAUCACAGCAGACAUGGUGAAAGAAAGCGCCGCGGUCAUUGACGUGGGCAUCAACCGCAUUGUCGACCCCAAAACGGGGAAACUGAGGCUCAUCGGUGACGUGGACUUUGAGGGUGUAAAAGAGAAGGCCAGCUUCAUCACUCCCGUUCCUGGAGGUGUGGGUCCUAUGACGGUGGCCAUGUUGAUGAAGAACACCGUGACCGCUGCCAGAAAUGCGCUGAUGCAUUAGCAUGAUACACAACGUGAUGCACACACACUUUCUGGAGACCUUUUUUUUUUUUACCAUGACGUCA